AUGGUAAUGGACAUCAACAGCAGCGGCGGCGGUGUCUCAGACCCAAGCUACUACGGUAGCCUCCGCUCCUUCCUGCUACAGGAGGUGGGACAAGGUCUCCGCGACCUGAGCCCGGACGGCGGUGGUGGUGGCAGCGACGGGAUGAUCUCGGGCUCCUGGGAGCCAAAUCUGCUGCAGGUGAUCCAGGAGGUCACGGCCAGCCCUGAGCCAGGAACCUCCCGGGACAAUAACACAGUCUGCGGGGAGCAGAUCAACUAUGGCAAUACCGAGAAAGUUGUGAUUGGGGCCAUCCUGUCCCUCAUCACGCUGCUCACCAUCGCGGGCAACUGCCUAGUGGUGAUCUCCGUGUGCUUCGUCAAGAAGCUCCGCCAGCCCUCCAACUACCUGAUCGUGUCGCUGGCCCUGGCCGAUCUUUCGGUGGCUGUGGCUGUCAUGCCCUUUGUUAGUGUCACCGACCUCAUCGGAGGCAAGUGGAUCUUUGGACACUUUUUCUGCAACGUCUUCAUCGCCAUGGACGUGAUGUGCUGCACCGCUUCCAUCAUGACCCUCUGUGUGAUCAGCAUUGAUAGGUACCUCGGGAUAACAAGACCUCUGACCUAUCCUGUGAGACAGAAUGGCAAAUGUAUGGCCAAAAUGAUCCUUUCUGUGUGGCUCCUCUCUGCCUCCAUCACUUUACCUCCCCUCUUUGGCUGGGCCCAGAAUGUCAAUGAUGAUAAAGUUUGCUUAAUCAGCCAGGAUUUUGGUUACACCAUUUACUCCACUGCUGUUGCAUUUUACAUCCCCAUGUCCGUGAUGCUUUUCAUGUACUAUCAGAUUUAUAAAGCUGCUAAGAGGAGUGCUGCCAAACAUAAAUUUACUGGGUUCCCUCGAGUUGAAGAAAAUAACGAAGGCGUAAUUUCAGUUAAUGGUAUGGUGAAGCUCCACAAGGAUCCGGAGGAGUGUGCCAAUUUUUCCAGACUCCUUAAGCAGGAGAGGAAAAAUAUCUCCAUCUUUAAAAGGGAGCAGAAAGCAGCCACCACCCUUGGGAUUAUUGUUGGGGCCUUUACUGUGUGUUGGCUACCAUUCUUUAUCCUCUCGACAGCAAGACCGUUUAUCUGUGGGACUUCCUGUAGCUGCAUCCCAUUGUGGAUGGAGAGAACAUUCCUGUGGCUAGGCUAUGCAAACUCCCUCAUAAACCCUUUUAUAUAUGCCUUCUUCAACCGAGACCUGAGGACCACCUAUCGCAACCUGCUCCAGUGCCGAUAUAGGAAUAUCAAUCGGAAACUUUCAGCUGCAGGGAUGCAUGAAGCUCUGAAGCUGGCCGAGAGACCUGAAUUUGUGCUGUAA